GUGGGAUGGGAUUGGUUAUUGGUUGGAUGUGGAUCAUAUUUAUUUUUAUGUUUCUUUAUUAUUUAUUUAUAUUGGCUUUGGCUUUGGGGAAGUUUCGUAUGGGGAUUGGAUUUGUGUGAGGAUUGCUGAGAGAGGUGACGGUGGUGAGAGUGGCUCGGUGGUCAGCUGGUGAGAAUUUUUGUGUCAUGAUUGAUGGGUGAUGGGUGAUGGGAGGGGUAGGGGUGAGGUGAGGUGAGAUGAGAUGCCAUGCCAUGCCAUGCCAUGCCGUGCCGUGCCGUGCCGUGCUGGGAAGUAAGUGGUGGUUCGCCGGUUCUAUCGUAUUCAAUGGGUAAUGUUUCUUGUGUAAUAUGUUGGAGUGGAAGUAGAGACGGACACAGACACGGAAAGUAGAGGGUAGAGAAUGAUUGCAUAUCUAUGUAUAGAACACCAGGUACGUAGGUAUAUCUGUGUAUAGAACACAGGUACGUAUGUAUAUCUAUUGAGGUAUUCGGAUGUAUGGGAACGAGUCGAUGAUAUGAGGUUGAGUGGAGAAUGAUGGUGAUGGUGAUUGUGUUUGAUCUGCAUAUCCUGUGCUGUGUGUGCCGUAUAAAACUACCUAGGUAAGUAAUCCGAGUCGAGGAGUGAAAAGCCCGAUGUAGAAUGGGAAUUUCAUUCAGAAUUGGGAAGAUCAAUGUGAAUUGAGGAAUAUCAUAUCUAAUAUCUAGUAUCUAUUAGAUGAGAAUAAGUCGAAUGAAAUAUAAGUGGUAUUAUUUUUAAGAAUACAGAUAAGUAGAGAGACAGAUAGUUAAAUAGAGAACUUUAUAAACAAUCGAGACCUCCAUAUCACAUCCUACCACAGCGAGAAUUUGUCUACUAACUCAUGAUCCACAAACAAACACGAGCAAGUAGGUACUUCUUUGAUGACGACUUAAUACUUGUAAACUCUACUUUACCUCCUCAUCUAGGUCAAUUGCAGAUUAGAAAAGAAAAUGAACACGGUCCACUUCUGUACGAAGAAGGAGAAGAACUAAGUAAAGUGUCUAGGUGAGUACCAAGGUAGGUAGGUAGGCAGGUAGGUAUGAAAGAGAUCCGGAUUCUCUGAUUUAUAUAUAAAGUUCUCAAGUCAGACGUCAGAUUGAUAGUUAGUAAUGAUUUUGAAAUUCUUUCUCUCACCUUGAUCAUUUGAUAACUAUAAUCUUCUGCAUCUCAUUAUCUUUUUAAUCUGCGAGGUAUUUACCUCCUCUUUCAACUGAAAUCUUCACCAUAAUCCAUCUGGAAUAUAUAUAUUUAUAAACAUACAUACAUUUCUAACGUACAUAUAUAUUUACAAGGGAAAAGCUGAUCACGCAAAUCUUCAUUCUUAUCCUGGUUCAUAUCAAGGUCGUCUCGUUGGUGUGUAUGUCACAUCCAUACGUCCAUCCAUCCAUCAAUUCCCAUUUCGUUCUCUGAGCCGUGGCCAUGCUUUCGGUGAGACAUCAACCGACAAUCAUCACGGGGAAAGGUACACCAUAUUUUCGCAUUUCUACUGCGAGAGUAUCUGAAAUAUCUCAAAUGAGACAAUUGAGAUAUCAAAGUAGAAGUGCGAAAUUAAAUACACAUACAACUUCUCAAGUAUCAGCCUCGAUACCGAAAUCCAAUUCCAAAGACAAAAAUGGAUGGUCGACACAAAAUGCUCUUUUGUUGGCGGCGGCCACCGCCGGCUUAGCUUACACGUUUGCCAUGGUACGGGAAAAGAAUAGGAGGGGUGAGGGUAGGGAUUAUGCGGAUCCGGAGAAGUUUACGGUACCUCAAUAUGCAAAUAUCAAGGAGAUGGAGACGACCCGGAAGAUUUGUUGGCUCACGGAUAAAUGGUCAUCUACCAAUGUAGAUGGUUUACCAGUAGCAGUGGCCUAUCCAAAAUCUACUCAGGAGGUCUCUAAAAUUGCGUCGAUAUGUCACAAAUAUCGGGUACCAAUUGUUCCUUAUUCAGGGGGAUCGAGUUUGGAAGGAAAUGUAUCAUGUCCUUAUGGAGGUGUUAGCGUGGAUUUUGCUUUCAUGGAUCAAAUUAUUACAUUUCAUCCAGAAGAUAUGGAUAUUGUUGUUCAACCAUCUGUUUCGUGGAUGGAUCUCAAUGAUGAACUUGCAAAACGUCAAUCCGGACUCUUCUUCCCAGUGGAUCCAGGUCCAAGUGCAAAAAUAGGAGGUAUGGUAGGAACAAACUGUUCCGGUACCAACUGCGUUCGUUACGGUUCCAUGAAAGAUUGGGUCAUAAAUCUAACCGUCGUGCUCUCCGAUGGAACAAUCAUCAAAACCAAACGACGACCUCGUAAAUCUUCCGCAGGUUACAAUCUCAACAGUCUCUUUGUAGGCUCCGAAGGAACCCUCGGUCUUGUAACUGAAAUCACACUCAAACUCGCUGUCGUGCCACAAGAAUACUCAGUUGCUGUAGUCACUUUCCCUACGAUCCGUGAUGCGGCAGCGGCAGCAGCUGGUGUCAUGCGCGCGGGUAUUCAAGUCGCAGCUAUGGAAAUCAUGGACGAAGUCCAAAUGAAAGUCGUCAAUCUAUCCAAAUCUACCGCUCCUCGUCAAUGGAAAGAACUCCCUACGCUCUUCUUUAAAUUCUCCGGUACCAAAGCAUCAGUGAAAGAAAACAUAGCAAUGGUGUCCUCCAUUGCCAAAUCCCAUCGCGGUAGCUCCUUUGAAUUCGCAAAAGACGCACGAGAACAAAAGUUAUUGUGGUCAGCGAGGAAGGAAUCAUUGUGGAGUAUGCUAGCAUUGAGAAAAAAUGGAAGUGAAGUCUGGAGUACGGAUGUGGCGGUACCUUUCUCACGAUUGGCGGAUAUUAUUGAGUUGAGCAAGAAGGAAAUGGAUGAUUUAGGACUUUUUGCUAGUAUUUUGGGUCAUGUGGGAGAUGGAAACUUUCAUGAGAGUAUCAUGUAUGAUCGGACGGUGCCGGGAGAGAUGGAGAAGGUGGAGAGGUGUGUGAAGAAUAUGGUGGUUAGAGCUUUGGAGAUGGAGGGCACAGUAACGGGCGAACAUGGAAUAGGAAUCGGAAAGAAAGAAUCUCUACUCUUGGAACUAGGACAUGAUACUUUGGGAGUCAUGAAAUCUAUCAAAUCGGCAUUGGAUCCACAUUGGAUCAUGAAUCCAGGUAAAAUAAUAGAUAUCCCCAAGUAAACCCACCUCGCUUCGCUUCGCUUCGUUCCGUUUUCGCUUCCUAGGUACCUUCCUUCCUUCUAUGAUUUGGUUUGGUUUGGUUUGGUAUAGUUUGGUAUGGUUUGGUAUAUAUUCACAUCGCAUCACAUGGCAUAGCAUAGCAUAGCAUAUCAUCAAAAUCACCUUGGAUUGGUACUUACAUCUUGGAGGCCAAAAUAUCCACGAACAGGAUUUGCGGAAAGGAGUGAAAAUGAAUAGGAGCGGGAUAAAAAUUGCAUAGGUAUGCGUAUGGGUAUGGGUAUUGGUAUGGGUGGGUAUGAGCAUGAGCAUGAGCAUUGGGGGAAGGGAGGGGAUUGUCUUUUUGUUUGUUUGUUUGUUUGUUGCAUUUGUAGUUUUGUUUGAGUUUGAGUUUGAGUUUGUAUGAAUCUUGAUUUCGGUUGGAGAUUGGGGAUUUGGAUUUGGAUUUUUGUUGUGGUAUUGAGAUAUUAUUAUGUUGAGUUGAGUUGAGUUGCGUUGCGUUCCGUUCCGUUGCAUUGAGUUGAAUUGAAUCGAGUUGAAAUAAAUUCUAUUAUAUUGCAUUGAAUUCCUUCAAACGAAAAGGAUACCUAGUAUCCUCCCUCUUGUUGACUUGAUGGAAAAUAAUAUGGAAUGAAAUGAACUAGAAUGAACUGAAAUG